AUGGGACCGGUUGUUGGUGCCCUCAGGCCCAGUUCAGAUGUCACAGCAGUGCAGAAAGAGCUCUGUGUCCGGAUGGCAGCCUGCCCAAUGGAACCUCUGAUCAUAUGCACCAAGUUCAAUGAAAAUUCAACAAAAACAUUAAAUCAAUCCAUCCAUCCAUCCACGGGCACCUGGGCCUUAGGGGGCAGUGGAGUGUGGCUGCUGGCGGCUGUGCUUGUCAUCAUCAUGCUGGUGACUGCAUGCGGCAACGCGCUGCUCAUUGGUCUGGUGCUGGCCCAUCGGGCGCUCCGCCGCACCUCCAACUGCUUCCUUGUGUCGCUCUUCCUGUCGGACCUCAUGGUAGCAUUGGUGGUCAUGCCGCCGGCGGCACUGAAUGCGCUCUGUGGUGUUUGGAUGCUGUGGCCCCACUUCUGCCCGGUGUGGCUCUGCUUUGAUGUCAUGUGCUGCAGCGCCUCCAUCCUCAACCUGUGCCUCAUCAGCCUGGACCGCUACCUACUCAUCAUCUCGCCACUGCGCUACAAACAGCGCAUGACGCUGCCACGCGCCCUGCUGCUAGUGGGUGGAGCCUGGGGUCUGGCAGCGCUCACUUCCUUCCUGCCAAUUGAGAUGGGCUGGCACAGCCUCGGCCAUGGGCACGAUGCCUCCAGCCUCAACAGGAGCCUCCUCCUUGAACUGGGCUCCACCCCACGCCUCGGCUCCGCCCACUCACAGUGCCGCCUGCGCGUCAGCCUGCCCUUCGCCCUGGUGGCUUCUUGCCUCACCUUCUUCCUGCCCUCCGUAGCCAUCUGCUUCACCUACUGCCGCAUCCUGCUGGCUGCUCGGCGCCAGGCCCGCCAGGUUGCUGCCCUAACACACUCCCACCACCUGCACGCCUCGCCGGGGGAGCCGUCACGGCCGCCCUCACCUGGACACGCCCACGUGGAGGGUGACUUCUACAGCCAGCAGGACGUACCUGGCGCACGUCUGGCACAGCAUUCUGUAUCAACUGAGCGAAGGAUGGCCCACCGACAGGGGCGCCGAGCGCUGAAGGCUAGUCUCACGCUAGGGGUCCUGCUUGGGCUCUUCUUCAGCACCUGGCUCCCCUUCUUCAUCACGAACAUGGCACAGGCUGUGUGCGAGUGUGUGCCCCCCGCACUCUUCGACGCCCUGACCUGGCUGGGCUACUGCAACAGCACCAUGAAUCCCAUCAUUUACCCACUGUUCAUGCGGGACUUCAAGCGUGCCUUGGCUCGCCUGCUGCCCUGCUGCACGUCCCGCUCGCCACGACGCCCUUCGCCCCCCCUUUCCCUGUCCUUGCGCAACUCCGGGGAGCCGCACUUACCAACAGGGCCCCCAUCCCUGAGCUCCGACCCACCCCAGCCUCCAGUGACCGCCACGGAUGCCGUCAACCUGGUGGACGCCGAGCAUGCUGAGAGCCGGCUGCCACUGCUCCUGCCAAACCAGGUGGACACCCUGGACUGA